UGCGUGCGUGGGGAGUGAAAAAUGGCGGCAGUGUUGUUGCAAGUGUUGGAGCGGUCAGAAAUAACUAAACUCCCCAAAGCUGUUCAAAAUAAACUCGAGAAGGCUUUUUCUGAUCAGCAGUACGAGAUAGAUUCUCUGAAAGCACAACAGGAGCAAUUCCGAGUUGACAGUGAGCAACAGUUCUUUGAGAAGGUGAAACGGCUUGAACAAAGCCAGGAGGAAUUUGUGACCCAGACACAAGAACACCACAAACUAAAAGAGGAGUUAUCCAAGUUUGACGAACAACUGAAAAGUGCACGUGAAAAGAACAGGGAAUAUGAAGUUACCCAAGAAAAGCUGUCAUCUGAACAGGUUGUGCUGUCAAAAGCCAAAGAUGAACUUGAAUCAGAGAAGCGUGAGCUGGUCCGCACCCUGGAGAGACGAUCCCAGGAUAUCGAAUAUUUGAGCGAGGACCUGAGGCGUGUAAAUGACAAACUGGUGGAGACCAACGCGUCCAAGAUGGGUCUGCAGGUCAAACUGGACGACCUUGAGAUAUCCGAGAUCAACAUCAAGUACAGGGAAAAGCGUAUGGAGCAGGAGAAGGAGCUGCUGAAGAGCCAGAUGGCCUGGCUGAACGACGAGCUGAAGGCCAAGAGCGAGGAGCUGCUGGCUCUGUCUCGACAGAAGGGCAACGAGAUCCUGGAGCUCAAAUGCAGCCUGGACAACAAGGAAGACGAGUUGAACAGGGUUCAAGACCAGGUGUCCAGUUUGAAGACCGCAAACGAAAGCCUUCAGAAGCAGGUCGAAGACAUGAUCGUCAAGCUGAAAGAGGCCAAGGAACAGCAGGCCAGCAUGGAGGAGAAGUUCAGGAACGAGCUCAACGCCAACAUCAAACUCUCCAAUUUGUACAAGAGUGCAGCGGCUGAUUCCGACUCGAAGAGCGAGGAGCUGAGCCGUGCCGUGGAGGAACUCCACAAGCUGCUGAAGGACGCGGGGGAGGCUAACAAGGCCCUGGAGGCGAGGCUGCAGGAAGCGGACGGUGCCACGGACAAAAUGGCCGCCGAGCUGAAGGAGAAGAUCCACAGUCUGGUGAAGGAGCUGGAGAACGCCAACGACCUUCUGUCUGACGCCAAGCACAGAGGUCCCGGGGGAGCGGCCUUGAUGAUGUCAGAGGAGCGGAUGACCACCAUGUCGCCAACAGCUGCUGCUGUGGCCAAGAUAAUCAAGCCUGGCAUGAAGCUGACCGAGAUCUACUCGGCGUACGUGGAGGCCCAGGGUCAGCUGCAGCUGGAGCGCCUGGAGAACAAGCGGGUCAACAAGUACCUGGACGACAUCGUGCAGGAGGUGGAGGCCAAGGGGCCCCUCCUCAAACGGCAGAGGGACGAGCACGAGCGCAUGCAGAAGUCCGUGGCCAGCCUGUCAGCCAAGCUGGAGCAGGCCGUCAAGGAGGUGCACCGACUGCAGCGGGAGACGGAUGAGUCCAACAAGCGCUCCUCCGUGCUGGAGAGGGAGAACCACCGAUGUGAGCUGCAGCUGACCGACACGGCCCAGCAGGUGCGCGUGCUGCUGAUGGAGCUGGAGGAGGCGCGGGGCAACCACGUGGCCCAGGACGAAGAGGCGUGCUCGGCCGACGUCAGCAGCACGUCGGAGGUCAUCAGCCAGCACCUGGUGACCUUCCGCGGCGUGGAGGAGCUGCAGCAGCAGAACCAGCGCCUCCUGGUGGCUCUGAGGGAGCUCAGCGACGCCCAGGAGAAGGACGAGGUGGAGACCACUGGCUCCAAGCGUACUGAGCUGGAGCAGAGUCUGCAGGAGGCCCAGACGGAGCUGGAGGCCCUGAGGGGUCAGCGCAUCCAGCAGAUGCAGCUGGCAGAGUCCAUCGUGAGGCAGAGGGACAUGUACCGCGUCCUGCUGGCCCAGGCCACCGGGGCCUGCUUCCCCCCGCAAGGACCCGCCGCCCCCGAGGAGUUCUCCCUGACCUCGACCCCUCGCCGCUCCCCCGCCGCCACCCCCACCGCGGCCACGCCCACCGGGUUGAUGAUGGCGAGCGAGUCGACGGAGGCUGCCGAGGCGAAGGCAGCCCUGCGACAGCUGCAGGACGUGUUCUCCUCCUACAAGCGCGAGCGGGCAGAGAGCGGCAAGGCCCUGACGGAGCAGAGCGAGAAGCUGCAGGAGCAGAUCUCUGACCUGCAUUCCCAGAACGCCAAGAUUUCCACACAGCUGGAGUUCGCCUCCAAGAGGUACGAGAUGCUGCAGGACAACGUGGAGGGCUACAGGAGGGAGAUCGCCUCGCUCAGAGAGAAGGGCCAGAAGAUGGCCGCCACGGCCCAGAGGAACGAGCAGAGUGUCCACAGCUUGACCCAGGACCUGAGGGCUGCCCAGGAGAAGCUCACCAUGGCCGAGGGCUGCGCUGAGAACCUGCGCAGGGAGAGAGACCUGCUGAAGCUGGUGGAGGCUAAGAUGACCCAGGAGAAGGAGGCCAUGCAGAGCCAGCAACGCAGCCAGACCCUGCUGCUCAGCAACCUGCAGACCAUCCAGUCCACCCUGGAGCGCUCUGAGACGGACACCAGGCAGCGUCUGAGCAGCCAGGUGGAGAAGCAGGAGCGAGAGCUGUCCCAGCUGCAGAGGAGGCUGGAGCACGAGGUGGAGCAGAGGCACGUGCUCAGCAGGACCCAGGACGUGCAGCAGGUGGAGGCCAGGAGGCAGCUGGAAGCCCAGGUGUCCCAGCUCCAGAAGACCAGGGACCUGCUCAGCGCCGCCCAGCUGGAGGUCAGCUCUCUGCGGCCGCAGUCAACCCCCGGCGAGUCCCCCAGGCAGGCCCGCCGCUCCCUGGGCUCCCCCACCGCCCUGGGCGCCCUUCCUCCAGGGCUCCAGAGCCCAGACCAGGACACGGAAGGCCUACGUGGCUGCCUACGGCAGGCUGAGGCCCGGGCAGAGGAGCUUUCGGAGCGGCUGAGGACCGCCACCUCCAGCCUGGAUCAGUACCGAGCCAUGGCCCACAGCCUGGAGGAGUCCCUGGACAAGGAGAAGCAGGUGACGGACGAGGUGCGCUCCUCCGUGGAGGAGCGUAUGAAGGAGGCCGAGGAACAGCGUCGGCAGCUGGAGACCAGACUCCUGGAGGCCGAGAAGGAGAAGCAGGCCAGGCAGGAGGAGAACAGGAGAGCCCUGGCUGCUGUGGAGCAGGAGAUGAGCCAGCUGACGAGCCAGCUGAGCAGUGUCCAGGCCGACCACCAGGAGGCGCUGCAGAGGCUGGACCUGGCUGCUUCCCAGGCCCAGCAGACUGUCCUGGACAGCCAGGAGCAGGCGCGCCUGGUGUCCGAGGCCCAGGACAAGUACGAGCGGGAGAUGAUGCUCCACGCCGCAGACGUGGAGGCUCUCCAGGCGGCCAAGGCCCAGGUCCUGCAGGCGGAGCAGCUCCACCACCAGCUGCAGGAGCGGGCGGGCCAGGCCAGCGCCCAGCUCCUGGAGGCCCGCGUCUCUUGGGAGGAGCAGGAGAACAUCCUCAAGGAAGAGAUGUCGAAGGUGUCGGUGCGCUCGGAGGAGCUUCAGAGGCAGAACGCCCUGCUCCACGAGCAGAUCCAGACCAUGAGCAGCAAGAUGGCCGCCACCCUGCAGCGAGCCACCGAGAGCCCAGCCGCCAUCUCCCUCGCCGAGGAGGCCCGGUCCCAGGAGCACGUCCUGGAGAUCCUCCGGUUUGUGCGGCGUGAGAAGGAGAUAGCGGAGUCGCGGUUCGAGGUUGCCCAGGGGGAGAGCCUGCGCCACAGGCUGCGGGUGGAGCACCUGGAGAGGGAGCUGAAGGAGAUGCAAGACAGCCUGACUGCAGAGAGGGAGAGGAUGCAGGUGACGGCCAAGACCCUGUCCCAGCACGACGAGCUGAUGAAGAAGACGGAGACCCUGAGCGUCUUGAUGGAGUCCAACAAGAUCCUGAGGGAGGAGAAGGAGAGGAUGGAGCAGGAACUACAGCAGACCCAGGCCAAGGUGUGUAAGCUGGAGGCGGAGGUCCUGCCCGUGCAGCAGGCCAACGCAGAGCUGAGUGAGAGGACCAGCAUGCUGCAGGCAGAGAAGAAGCUUCUGGAAGACGACGUCAAGCGCUGGAAAGCCAGGACCCAGCACCUGGUGAGCCAGCAGAAGGACACAGACCCGGAGGAGUACAAGCGCAUGCACUCUGAGAAGGAGGUUCACCUGAAACGCAUCCAGGCGCUCAGCGAGGAGACCGGCAGGCUCAGGGCGGAGCUGACCAGGAGUGGUGGUUCCGUGACCUCCUUGCAGACCCAGCUGUCCAAUCUGCGUGAGAGCCUGGGCAGGCUGACCGCAGAGAGGGACUCCCUGAAGAAGGAUGUGGAGGCCAAGACCCUGGAGGUCCAGGAGAAGGGCCGCACCAUCACCCAGGUCAAGAAGAUCGGCCGGCGCUACAAGACCCAGUACGAAGAGCUCAAGGUGGAGCACGACAGGAUGGUGGCGGAGGCAGCCUCCGCCCCGGCCCAGGACCAGGAGGCCCGGCAGGCCUCGGCCCAGGAGCUGCAGGCCCUGAGGGGCUCCCUGACCCAGGCUGAGACCCAGAACAAGGACCUGGAGAGCCAGGUGGAGAACCUCAACAAGACGGUUGGAGAGCGCGAGGCGGAGGUGCGGGGCGCCCAGGAGCAGACCUCCCGCCUGCAGGGGGAGCUGUCCCGGCUGAGGCAGGACCUCCAGGAUAAGGCCUCUCUGGAGGAGACCCUCCGACAGCAGAUCAGCGACAAGGAGGAGAAGACCAGGAAGGCCUUACUGGUGGCCAAGCAGAAGAUCAACCAGCUGACAGGUUCAAAGGAGCAGCUUCAGAAGGAGAACGAGGAGCUGAAGCAGCAGCGUGAGGAGCUGGAGGUGAGGGUGAGCGCGCUCAAGUCCCAGUACGAGGGCCGUCUGAGCCGGCAGGACCGGGAGCUGAGGGAGCUGAGGGAGCAGCAGGAGAGACAGGAGCAGAGAGACGAGCCCCUGGAGCAGGGACCCAGCAAGGCCCAGGAGCAGCAGAGGAACACGGAGCAGAGACAGAUCAGUCUGAAGACCACCCCAGCAGCAGACAGGGGCAGUGCCAGUACCUCGGAGCCGCCCACUGCCAACAUCAAGCCCACCCCUCUGGUGGCCACGUCCGGCAAGCAGCCAGCCAUCCCAGGGAACAAGCCCACCCCGCGGGCCAGCAUCAGGCCCAUGAUCACACCGGCCACCGUGCCCACCCCAACCCCCACGGCCACCGUCAUGCCCACCACGCAGGUGGAGAACCAGGAAGCCAUGCAGUCGUCCGAGGCCCCCCCGGAGCACGUGACGGUGUACGGCAGUGCCAGCGGAUCGGUCCGCUCCACCAGCCCCAACGUCCAGACCUCCAGCCCCAUGUUGGCCCUCCAGCAGGGCCAGACCCAGGCCACCGCCUUCGUCCAGCCCACCCAGCAGCAGAGCGCGCCCCACGCCGAGCCGGCCAAUCAGGAGCCGGCUCCGGUGGUGAUGGAGGUGCCGGUGGAGAGGCCCUCCACCUCCUCGGCAGUGUUCGGAACAUUCCCCCCCGCCCCCGGCCCCUCCUCCAUGUCUAAGAGGCCUCGCGAGGAGGAUGUGGAGACCUCCGCGGGAGACCCCGAGGCCCCCCAGGAGGCCCCCCAGGAGGACCCCUCCGAGCCCCCCAUCCCCAAGAAGAUCCGCAUCAUCCAGAGGGUGGGGCCAGAGGCCCCCCAGGAGGAGGUGCCGGCUGAGGAGGGCCCCGAGUACGAGGGACCCGCAACAUCAGAGGCUCUGGAGGCCCCAGAGACCAGCCAGCCGGAGGACUACCCUGUGUCGGAGCAGGACGAGGAGCCCGUGGUCCCGAUGCCCCUCCCCCUUGAGACGCCCCCGUCCCAGCCCGCCGAGGCCACGCCCACCGCCGACACCCCCGACCAGCCACAGCACGAAGUCAUCGUCAUCGUGAGUGACAGUGAGGACGAGGAGGAAGAGGACGAGGAGGAAGAGGAAGAAGAUGAAGAGGAGGAGGAGGAGGAGGAGGAACAACAGGACUACGACCAAGACGACGAGGAGGAGGAGGAGGAUGAAGAGGAGGAGGAGGAUGAAGAUGGAGGCAUGGGCGAAGGAGAGGAGAGCAACGAAGGGAGCGGAGAGGGCAACGAGGCGUACGAAGCAGAGGACGCCGAGGGGGCUGAUGAUGUCACAGACCCGGGCACAGAGACAGAGGAGAGUCUGGGUGCGUCUGACUCCACACAGCGAGCGGCCGACAACCAGACACCCAUCUUUGAGAGCUCCAUGGAGGUCUUCUCCUCCGAGCAGACCAGCUCUGUCUCCCGCAUGCCCCAGUCGCCAAGGAGACCGCCCCUCUCUCUGCCCCCCCGCCUGAACAUCCUCCCUGCUCCCCCCCAGGAGCUGGGGCCCCCUGCUCAGUUCCAGCGUAUUCCCAUCCGUCGGCCGUCAGCAGGCCGAGGCCUGCAGCUGACCCCAGGGAUGGCCAGCAGCGCUCAACUGUUCUUCGAGGACGAUGACAGGAUGGUUCCCAGCACCCCGACCCUGCCUCUGCCUCACCGCUCUGACGGCUUCGCUGAGGCCAUCCACUCCCCCCAGGUGGCAGGUGUGUCCAGGUUCAGGUUUGGGCUCCAGGAGGACGUAUCCCAGACCAGCGUCGCCUCCUCCUCAUCCUCCCACUCCGACCUGGGGCAGCUGGCCUCGCAAGGAGGUCUGGGGAUAUACGACAGCCCUCUCUUCCUGGCUACUCAGGAAGAGGAGUCUGGGGGAAGAAGUGUACCCACCACACCCCUGCAGGUGUUAGUCCCAGCGACGGCGUUCCCUGAGAGGUUGACCUCCGAGGGGCCGGUCAUGGCCUCCCAGUCCGUCGCCGUGGUGAGCACCUCCAGCGUGGGCGUGGCGGGGACGUCCGAGCCCGGCUCAGAGGAGAGGGAAGACGUCUUCAUGGAGGGAGAGGGAGACAGGGCCAGCAUGGAGGCCUCUCUGGAGUCGGUGUCCCAGGGGGAGUCGGAGGAGCCCUUCCAGCCGUCAGACGAUGCCAGCCUGCCCUCCACCAGCCAGCAGCCUUCCUCCAGCUCUGCAGACCCCAGCAGCAGUAGCCAGCCCAGGGUGUCCAGACCCCCCAGACAGCUGCAGCGCUGGACUGACAACCGCGGGCGCACAAAGAGAGGUCAGACGUUGCUGUCUCGAGGUGUCCAUGGGAGACGAUUCGCCAGAUAAAGCACCAAUCAGACACUUCAACAUCAUUCCUGUAUUCGUGGCAUUGUCAUAGAAACAAAAGUCAUCGAAUAUGACCCUAACAGUCGACUUUUAGUCUAGGAAGGCAGACGUCCUGAGCUAUGUAGUGUACAUAUUUGAGAUCAACAAUAUAGGAAAUUGUGUUCUUCAUAAUGCCAUCUCAAAAUACUUUUUUAAUCACUGGAGCAGUCUUGUAUGGCCUCUGAUUCUAUGACGCUGGUUAUCAUUAGUCCCUAUGAUAUGUGUGUGUGAUCUCCUCGAUCUGAAUCCUAGGUUUUGUACUUGUAAGGUUUGCGAAAGCAGUUCUGGUGUAAGCCAUUUGUUUUAUGGACAAUGCUAAUAAAGUUUGGAAAUCUG